AGCGCAAGGUUGGGUGAGGGUUAUGUCAAUUAUGUCAGUUACGUUGGGUUCUUGGGUUGGGUAAUUUGUGUUAUUUUGUUGUCUGAUUCCCUUGGUUUUCCUUUCCUCACACAUCUGUAUCAAUUUCAGUCCCAAAGGUAUAUAUAUUGUCCUACUCCUAAGUUUCAUCGUAUUCUGUGGCAAGAAACUCUGAUGGUAUCGAAUUAUUACAUUGCAGGCUUUUAGAAACUAAACUGUCUCUGUUGGCCAGUUAGCUUUUUGUUACGUACUCUGAAAAUCAUCCAACUCACUGAUCUUCGGAAGUUUAGUGAAGAAGUUGAAGUAGCAGAAUGGGAGAACGUAAGGGAACCAACAAAUACUACCCGCCCGACUAUGAUCCCUCAGUCGGGGGGCUCAACAAAUUUCGAGGCACGCAUGCACUUCGAGAAAGAGCCAGGAAAAUACAUUUGGGCAUCAUCAUUAUCAGAUUUGAAAUGCCUUACAACAUUUGGUGUGAAGGAUGUAAAAAUCACAUCGGAAUGGGUGUUAGGUACAAUGCUGAAAAGAAAAAAGUUGGAAUGUAUUACUCCACCCCAGUCUAUCAAUUUCGUAUGAAGUGUCAUCUCUGUGAUAAUCACUUUGAGAUUAAGACUGACCCUGGUAAUUUGGAUUACAUCAUUGUGAGUGGAGCAAGGCGACAAGAAAAUCGAUGGGAUCCUAAACAAAAUGAACAAAUUGUACCUGAGGAUAAAGCAACCAGUCGUAGACUCUUUGAUGAUGCAAUGUUCAAGUUAGAGCAUGGUGUUAAUGAUACAAACUCAGCAAAAAAAGCAGCACCAGCACUAUCUAAACUCUUGCAUAGGCAAACUAAAGUGUGGAAGGAUGAUUUUGCUGCCAAUCAAGCCAUGAGAGCACAAUUUAGGAAAAGUAAGAAACAACUAAAAGCCAAAGAAAUUUUGGACAGCAAUUUAUUGGCUAAGUCAUCCUUGAAUAUAUCUCUGGUUCCUGAACAUGAAGAUGAUGUGAAACUUGCAUCUUUGUUAGCUCGGAAGCCCUCUAAAAGUGCAAUACAAAAGCGAGCUGAAGUGAGAACAAAAGUGAACAAUCUGAACUUCUCCUCUCCAAAUUGCUCUAAAGUCAAAGUUGGUGUUAAGAAGCCUAUCUCUAAACGCCCCAUCUCAUCUUGUGAAGAAAAGAAGCUGAACAGUAGUGCUGUUUCUAAUUCUCUUGUGUCUUUAGAUUAUGAUUCAUCAGACUGAACGGAAUGCUUCACAAAUUGCUGGCUUAACAAGUAUCAUUCAUGAGCCUGAAAGAGGUAAAUGGUGAUUUUAUGGAAUGUCAAAGGUGAACACAAGACAUGAAUAAACGACGCACUGACAGCAUAGAAGGCCUGUGUUCGAGUUCUGCUGCAAUGGGAGGAGAUGUGGUUGAAAACGGCCUGGAUUCACAGGAUUAAGAUGAGGAUGAGGACAAAAGCAGCAAAUUUCAAGAGGAUUCGUCCCAGAGCAAGCAUUUAAUUUUGAUUUUAUUCCAUGCUUAAUUUUAAAAAAAAAAACCGUUCUCUGCCCAAUUUGCAUUCAUUUUUGUGCCUGGUCAUUGUAUACAUAAUGAAACGAAAUACUUUAUGAAAGAAAUUGGAGCUAUGGAAAUGAAUCGGUAAAAACAUGAAGGAGACAUUUCAACAGAGCCGCCUUGACAUAAUUAAUCUCUUUAUGUCUGUGAGUCAAACCCUUUGCUGCACCAAUUGAUUUCUUGUGACCAAAUCUCGUUAAAAAAAAAUAUGUGUCAUAGAUCUAGGCAUGUUUUCUUUCUUCUUGAGGGAGAAAAUUGCAUUAAUAAGCUUUGCCUCAU